CUCGCUCCUUUAAAACCCUAGAGUUCCCUCUUCGGCGGCUCCGAGUUCUGAGACGAAGCAAAGAGAAAGCCGCGAGAGGGAGAUAGAGCGAGAGGGAGGCGCAGGGGGAGAUCCACAAAAAUGGCAAGAGGACUGAAGAAACAUCUGAAGAGGCUCAAUGCCCCAAAGCAUUGGAUGUUAGACAAGCUUGGUGGUGCCUUUGCCCCCAAGCCAUCAUCUGGUCCUCACAAGGCCAGAGAAUGCCUCCCACUUAUUCUUAUUUUGAGGAACAAACUAAAAUAUGCUCUCACAUACCGUGAGGUUAUUGCGAUUUUGAUGCAACGCCAUGUAAUGGUUGAUGGAAAAGUCAGAACUGACAAGACUUAUCCAGCGGGUUUCAUGGAUGUUGUUUCAAUUCCUAAGACAAAUGAGAACUUCCGACUACUUUAUGACACAAAAGGCCGCUUCCGCCUGCACUCCAUAAAGGAUGAAGAGGCAAAGUUCAAGCUUUGCAAGGUCCGCUCUGUCCAGUUUGGCCAGAAGGGCAUCCCCUACCUGAACACGUAUGACGGUCGUACGAUCCGCUACCCUGAUCCGCUGAUCAAGGCGAACGACACCAUCAAGCUUGAUCUUGAGGCCAACAAGAUUGUGGACUUCAUCAAGUUUGACGUGGGGAAUGUGGUAAUGGUGACAGGUGGCAGAAACACAGGCCGGGUUGGUGUGAUUAAGAACCGCGAGAAGCACAAGGGCAGCUUCGAGACCAUCCACAUUCAAGAUGCUACCGGGCAUGAGUUCGCCACCCGUCUUGGCAACGUGUUCACUAUUGGUAAAGGGACGAAGCCGUGGGUGACUCUUCCUAAGGGUAAGGGUAUCAAGCUCAGCAUUAUUGAGGAGGCUAGGAAGCGCUUGGCUGCUGCUGGUGCGACUGCCGCUGCUUCAUAAUCGUGGUCCGUCAACUGAUUAAUCUUUUGUUUGAGCAUGAUCCAUCAACUGAUUAAUCUUUUGUUUGAGCAUGAUCUUAUUUGAGAUCUUGUUGAAUAUGAAUUGGUGAUUGAACUUCUUUCUGUGGGAUUUGACCGUGUUAGAUCUAUCUCGAGUUGUGAGAUCUAUCUCGAGUUGUGACUCGCCUUAAGUAGGGAAUGGAAUUCAUAUCAUAUAAUUCUUGUUUGCAAAGUUGGUUUCUUUUUGAACGGUCAGUUAAAUGUUUUAUCUUUUGCAAGUUUGCUCAGCAGAA